CCGUAGGCACAGUUCUUUUGAAUAACCGAUAGCAAGCAUACAAUGCUAGACACGUGAAAUAAAAACAAAUACGCGCAGUUUUGGUGUCAGAUUUAUUGAAUUUUUAAACUAGUGAGAAAGGAAAUAUAAAAUGGAUGUUGAAGAAUUCAGAACCCGUGGCAAGGAGAUGGUGGACUACAUCUGCCAGUACAUGACAAAUCUUGGUAACUAUCGUGUUACUCCAGAUGUAGAACCAGGAUAUUUGAAGGAGUUAUUACCAAGUCAGGCACCUCAAGAACCUGAAGAGUGGGACACUAUUAUGGAAGAUGUAGAAAAGAAAAUCAUGCCUGGUGUGACACAUUGGCAACAUCCUCAAUUUCAUGCAUAUUUUCCAAGUGGCAACUCAUAUCCAUCAAUUCUAGGUGAUAUGCUGUCCGAUGCUAUUGGAUGCAUUGGAUUUUCAUGGGCCGCCAGCCCAGCUUGCACAGAACUCGAAACCAUCGUUAUGGACUGGAUGGCAAAGGCUAUCGGUCUUCCCGACCACUUCAUCACUUCUGUGAAAGGCAGUAAGGGAGGAGGGGUUAUCCAAACAUCAGCGAGUGAAUGCGUUCUCGUGUGUAUGCUUGCUGCAAGGAACCAAGCCAUUCAAUAUCUGAAGAAGAAUAAGCCUUCGGCAGAAGAUAGCGAAUUUCUCCCUCAACUAGUUUGUUAUUGCUCGAAAGAAGCUCAUUCUUGUGUAGAGAAGGCAGCCAAGAUACUUCUAGUCCGAAUCAGAAUCUUAGAACCCGACGAAAAUGGUAGUCUCAAAAAAAAUAUUCUCAAAAAUGCAAUGGAAGAAGACAAAUCCAAAGGGUUGUUUCCCUUUUUUGUUUCAACCAUUCUUGGGUCCACUUCCAGCUGCUCUUUUGAUGAUUUGGUUGAAAUUGGACCAGUUUGCAGAGCCGAACCCUGUACUUGGUUGCAUGUGGACGCAGCAUAUGCUGGAAAUGCAUUUAUUUGUCCGGAGCUCAAAGUGUUCAUGAAAGGCAUUGAACACGUUGAUUCCUUCAACCUCAACACCAACAAAUGGUUUUUAACCAACUAUGAUUGCUCUUGCUUGUGGGUAAAAUGUCGGAUUACUCUUACUAGCGCUCUUAUAGUGGAUCCUUUGUAUCUGCAGCAUGCCAAUUCGGAUGAAGCAAUAGACUACAGACAUUGGGGUAUACCCCUCAGCAGGCGGUUUAGAUCUCUCAAAUUGUGGUUCGUUAUAAGAAAAUAUGGACUUUCUGGUAUUCAAAAAUAUAUUAGAAAUCAUAUAAGGUUAGCAAAGCACUUCGAAUCUCUGGUACGGAAAGAUCACAGAUUUGAAGUUGUGAACGAUGUGAGGCUAGCUUUAGUAUGCUUCAGAUUGAUUGCACCUGACACGGUUAACCAAACUUUACUAGCAACCAUAAACGCUUCUGGAAAGAUACAUAUGAUCCCAUCGAUGGUCAAAAAUAAAUACAUUAUUAGAUUUUGCGUAACUGCUGAAAACGCCACACAAAAUGACGUCGAGUAUGCGUGGGGAGUUAUAACAGAGCACGCCUCUCAACUUCUCACCAGAAAGUCUAUCAGAAAAGAAAUAUUUUCUCGCCCACCUCUUACAAGACAAAAGUCCAAGAGGUUAUCUUUUACCAGAAGCGUAUCCAAAGAAAUGUACCAAAGAUCAAAGAGCAAGACGAACUUGUACGAUGGCGCAACUCCAAUUCUUGUGGCAGAUUCGGAUGAAGAGAAUGAAAAUAAUGAAAAGACACAUGAUGAUAUUUUAGAAGCUUUAAUGAACGACUCGAUCUCACCCGAAGAUGACGAUGUUUUCAACAAAGAUUUCGGAAAUGAUUUCAGAAUGAAACCAAACACCCCCACUGAAAUAUCUUGUAACGGAGUCUAGAUUUUUUGUGA